AUUAGCUCAGUUUUGUAGUUUCGAAAAACAUGAAAAUGGCAAAAAGGGAUGCAUAUCAAAUAACCACAUUAUAAUAAACAAAACAGACUGUCAAUAGCACGGACGUUACGCACUAAGGACCAGAUGUUUUGAACAUAAAAGGAGAAUUCAACAGGAUUUCAGUGACAACAAUGAAGAUAUAUUUUUGUGGCAGCAUAGGAGGAGGUCGACAGGAUGAUGAAAUAUAUGCACGACUUAUUGAGAAGCUUCAAACUUACGGAGAGGUCCUUACAAAACACGUUGGCUCGAAAACUGUUGUUCAAGAUGAGAUAGAUUUGACUGCCAAGUACAUUCAUGACCGAGAUGUUCGGUGGCUCGAAGAGAGUGAUGUUGUGGUAGCGGAGGUAACCCAGAUCUCUAUGGGAGUGGGGUACGAGCUCGGACGAGCCGCUGCCAUGGGCAUGAAGAUACUGUGUCUCUACAGACCUUCGCCUGAUAAACGUCUGUCUGACAUGAUAGCUGGGGCUCACAACGGCACAAAAUUUGUCGUAAAAAAUUACACCGAAGAAGAGGCGGAGCAAAUAUUUAAAGACUUUCUUAUAUAAACGUCCAGAAGUCAACAAGUGUGAACGGUCCCGAGUUUUGUCGGUCGACGUCAUCAGAUUAUAUCUCAGGACACAGCUGUGUUUACACUGCAGAAAUAUUUUGUAAUAAAAUAACUUAAAGGUGCCUUUUCACACUUUGGUAAAUUGACAAAAUUAAAAAAAGUAAAAAAGGUGA